AUGGAGAAACCAGCGGUAGCGGAUGAUGAUCUGUGUGCGAUCUUCGUCCAUGCCGGAGCUGGGUUUCAUAGCCGUGAUAACGAGAUUAACCACCUGAGAGUGUGCGAGCUCGCCCUUGAGUCUGGAAUGUCUUUUCUUCGCCAUGGUGGAAGUGCAAUCAGUGCUGUUGAAAUGGCACUCAUGGUACUCGAGGAUGCCCCGAUUACCAAUGCCGGUCUCGGCAGCAACCUGAACGAAAAAGGCAUAAUUGAGUGUGAUGCGUCGAUCGUCGAUCACUUUGGUCGCAGCGGAGCUGUUGGCGCUGUUCCCAAUGUUAAAAAUCCAAUUCACCUUGCCCGUCGUAUCUAUGAGAAGUCAUACCGAUCACCUGGCAUGUCUCGUGUUCCUCCCAAUUUUCUAUGUGGAGAGGGUGCCACGGACUUUGCAUGGGACAACAAUGUCGUCGUGGUUCCCAACGACGUGUUGAUUUCGCCCGUCGCAGGCGAACGCUACAAAAACUGGGUUGCCGAAAUCAAAGGAUGGCAGCGUGAGCAUCCCCAAUCCCAGGAGGAAAUCAAAGCGCAAAGUAUCCGUCACCCCAUCUCUAUCGCCCCCGGUCACCCGGAUGUUGUGGAGAAAGUCAUGGCCGCUCGUCAGCUUUUUGGAGACCGGGUGGAAGACCGCGAACGCUCCAAUAUCUAUGAUGGCAAAGACUCAGAUGAGGCCCAAAAUGUUCAAUCCAAUGACACCCCAGCUUCUCCAGGAGUAAAGAACAAAUCAAGUGGAUCUUCCCAGAGUGCGCCCCCUUCAGACACCGCAUCAUCCAACAGAAAGCCUCGGCUCGAUGGGGAUGACUGGAUCACGGACACCGUCGGCGCAAUUGCCGUGGACAAGUAUGGUAACAUCGCCGCGGGAUCCUCGUCUGGAGGCAUUGGAAUGAAGCACCGUGGUCGUAUUGGGCCAGCUGCUCUGAUCGGCAUCGGCACGCACGUCAUUCCUGUCGACCCGACUGACCCAAACGAAACCACAGUCGCCGUUGUGUGCUCCGGAACUGGUGAGCACAUCGCCACCACCUUUGCCGCAAGCACGUGCGCGACUCGAGUCUACUACGGCCACAAGAAAACUCAUGCAGGCUUCUUUGACAAGGUCAAUGAGGAAGAAGCCAUUGCUGCCAUGCUCAAAGAUGAAUUCGCCGGUCAUCCCUCGGUCGUCAACAGUGAUAUUGAGUCGUCUAUCGGACUAAUGGCUGUCAAGAUGACUAAACAGGGCAUCGCUCUUAUCUUCGCUCACAACACCGAUUCUUUUGCCCUCGGUGCCUUCUCCAAUAAGGAUUCGAAGGCCCAGUGCUUGAUGUCUCGAAACAAGAACAAAUCACCCGUUGCCCAGGGAGGUAUUAUGAUUCGCAAGUGA